AUGCCUUUGUCCACAGAUCCAUACUCAAUGACCAAGAUGGUGCUUUUGCUCCUGCUGGUGACAUCAUGUGCAGCGAUUACUCAAAAUCUUUCAGGAAAAAUGUUUACCUUCCCACAACAAACAAGCACAACGGAGGUGAGGUUUACAACACAAAGACAAGAUAUGAGGGCCGUCACCGUCUGUUUAAGGUCCUUUACAGACCUUAAAAGAGAGCACUCCUUAUUUUCUUUGGCUUUACCCACGGGAGCUAAUGGCUUUCUGAUAAUAAAAAGCGCCCAAAGUGAUGCGUUUGACAUCUGGGUCCGGGAACAACAUGUAAAGAUUGAAGCACAGGACUUCAAGCUUAACAUGUGGCAAUCCAUAUGUGCAACAUGGGAUGCUUCAUCUGGACUCAUACAGUUGUGGUUAAAUGGAAAGCCCUCAAGCAAGAAAUAUACCAGCUCUGGACACAGUAUCAAUGGACCAAUGAUCAUUGUUUUAGGGCAGGUAAACUCUCAAGAUUCAUAUGGUGGUGGUUUUGACACCAAGCAAUCAUUUGUUGGGAUGAUGGAAGAUGUUCAUAUGUGGGACUACACCCUCUCUCCAUGUGAGAUCCAGGGCUAUAUGGAUGAACAUUACUAUCCUGAGGGGAAUGUCUUGAACUGGAAUUCCGUAGAAUUCCAGAGUGUGGGAAGAGUGCUAAUAGAAGAAAAACUAAGAGCUUGCAAUUAG